GAAAGGAAAGGUUCAGAUAAACCGCAGGGACAUAAAGAUUGAGAGCCAUCAUCGUCGGAAAUCAAAUGAAGUAAAAGCAGGUGUUUAAGAAACAUAGAGAAUAAUACAAGAUAAGUUGACAAUCAUGGCUUACCAAUGUCACGCGUGUGAGGCCAGUUUCCCGAGACUGAGCCAUCUACUGCAUCACAGACAGACUGAGAAUCACUGGCCAAAAUUUACAUGCCCAAGCUGCAAGAAAAGUUUCACCAGAAAGAAUAACUUGAAACAACACAUGAAAAAGCACGCAGAUGAAAAUAAUCACCAUUGUCCGGAUUGUCUUCGUGUAUUCACAAGAAAAGAUGCUCUUGAUGAGCAUUUUAUACAACACGAAAGCCAAAGUGGUGGAGGCAUUAAGAGGGCUCGUGUUGUCGGAGUUGAUAACAAUGUCAAUCAUAAAAAACAAAAAUUAACAGCAAAGGACGAUCCGACGGAAUACUAUCGGAUGGAUAAGAUCAGUGAAAAAAGAAUAGAAAAGAUCAGUACGACCGCAUCGUAUUACAAAAUAUCAGUAAAUGAUAUAGAGGUCCGGGAACUUCCCAAUAUCAUCAAAACUUUAAAACAAAUUUUCCAGUCAAUCAUUGACAGUAUUGCUGGCAAAAUACCAUCUACCGAUAAAGUUAGAAUUACAAUGGAUAAUCCGCAAUUGGACUUUCCAAUCGUUCUUCCAUUUAUGAAGAGAUCUGAACUUACAGUCAACAGAAUUUUGUCAGAAAUAGAGAGGGUGCUGCAGUCAUAUGAACAAUUUGUGCUUGAUGAAACGUUCGGGCUGGAGCUCGUUCAUGUACAUUUACCUACUGGAAGUGGAACUCAUGGCAAACCGUACGUGGACAUAUCAAGGUUGUUAAAAAGUAAAGGUAGUGUCAUUCAAAUUAGAAAUACCGAUGAACUUUGCUGUGCACGCGUCAUAGUGACAGCAAUAGCACGUAUAGAAAAACACCCGCAGUGGGAUAACAUACGCAAAGGGCGUCUUGCGCAAAAACAACUGGCACUUAACUUACAUGACACGGCUGGAGUACCUUUACAACAUUGUGGUAUUGAAGAAGUGAAACAAAUUCAAGAAAUACUUUCCAGUUAUAAGAUCCUUGUUUUGUCGAAGGAACACUUUAACGCCAUUAUCUAUGACGGACAAGAAGACGGCGUACCUAUUUACUUGUACUAUCACAAUGAACACUUUGAUGUUUAA